CGAUUUAAAAAAAAAAAAAAAUCUAUAAUAAAACAAACAAAUUAAUAAAUAACCGUUUACCUGUAGUUUAUUGUAGCAUCUGAACAAUGAAUUGAUCAGUUCUGCCAGGACCCACUGUCUGAUUGGCUGUUGCUAAGAUAUGGUGAUCCGCCAUCUUUAUAAACAAUUUGGUUUGAAUGGAAAGUUUCAUUAGGGAAGAGAUCACAUUUUAUAAAAGGAAAAGAUGAACAAACCCCAAACUGGAACAUGGACCUGGAAUGAUGAAACACAAAACCUGGAGUUCACUUGUUUUAACAUCUCUGCUGGGAUUAAAGAGAAGAAAAAAGCCUCAAGACCCUCAUACGAAGAGCUUGUUAGGGAACAUCUAAUAAAGAUUUCACAAUGCAAGUCUCCAGCCAAAGGAGGGAGCUCUGGUCUAAGGAAGAGUUUGGUACUUGCUGAGCCGAAUACUUACAAAUCUGCUGCAGAAUGCUCACAGAGGGACUCAAUCACCAUGGAGGAUAUUAAACAAUUGGCAUUCUCAUUAAUGCAGGAAAAAGAAAUGCUGCCUGUUCCACAUGGCUUUCUGACUGUGAUUAAGAGUAAGGAGCUGGAUAAGUUUCUGGUUGCACUUUUGCUGUACCUGCACUGCCACUGGCAAAAGAAAGCCCUGGAAGAGAGGUCCAAACCCUGCAUGGUGGAGCAGAGCACAAGAGAGCAGCAGAUGACAGCGGAAGCGAGCGUUAAAUUGGAGCUGGCCAAGAAGCACCUGGCGUUAUGUUACUCCAGUCUGUUACUGGGGCAGGGCUUCUCCCAACAGCACCACAUGGCCUGUGGCAGGAGAAGACUGUCGUCCUCUUACAGAGAUAGGCAUCUGUAUGAGUUUUUGUACAGCUUCUUCUGCUAUGUGGCAUGGGUUACCUUUGAAAGGCAGGAUCUAAAGGGCAUUCAAACUGAGAUUGGCUGCUUGCUGUACCCUGACAUGUGCAAUCCUGCACUGAGGACUCAGAGGAACGAACCAGAUGAAGAGGAAGAGGAUGAGCAAGAGAUCACCCAGAAGGAGAGACAGUCCAAGACCAUUCCAAGCAUCAGGACUUGUAGGCAUAAACAGGGCCUAAUCUCUGUGUUGAGCCAGUGCUCACCUCUUAUGAUGUCCAUCCUGCCUUCCACACGAGAAAAAGCAUCUAAUUUGUUCCAGAGGUCUAGCUUCCACAAGCGGCAGCCAGAUAAUCCCAUAGACACAGAUGUUCUGAUAGAGGAGCUCAGCCAACAGCUGGCAUCAUGCAGUUUUGGUAUACUGGGAAAGCCUCUGAGCCAAUUGAAACACAUCACAAUGAUGCCCAGUGGAGCCAAGAUGGACGAUGAAGAGGUGGAAAAUGAAGGCACUGUUGAUGAUGAUGAUAAUGAAAAUGAUAAUCUGCUAACAGAUCAUUGGAGUAGGAAAACUUCAUUUAUGCACCAGAGAUCGGCCACAACAACUGCAGAGAAACGGAACCGCCUGAGCCGGGCUCACACUGUGACCUCGAGAGCCACCACUGAGGCACCGUUAUCAGACACGGAAUGAACAGUUUUGUGCGUGUGAAUGUGUAUGUUAUAGUGGUGUAAUGCAAUACCAUUCUCUAUAUCUGUUUACUGUAUCUAUAUCAGAAACCCAGGGAAGCAUUGAAAUUCAAAGCGGCUGUAAAAACAAAGCCAUUUUUAUCCACAUAUUAAAGCACUAUGUUCUGCAAAUAGCUGUACAGUAGAUUAUCACUUUAUUCAACUCCUAAACUGUAUUUAUCAUCCUUGUUUUUUUUCUUUGAGAAGAAAAGUCAUCUAGUACCGUAUUUUUCGGACUAUAAGCCGC